GCUGCCCUCACCAUGGCUCGCUGGCACAUCGUGGGCUUGGCCCUGUGCUCCUACCUCGGGGUAGCCUGGGCUGCGACCCUGGGUGUGGUGCUCACCGAGGGAGGAUUUGUGGAAGGUGAGAGCAAGAAACUGGGACUCUUUGGGAGCUACAUUGACAUCUUCAAAGGGAUUCCAUUUGCUGCUCCUCCAAAGAGACUGGAAGACCCCCAACCUCACCCUGGCUGGGAUGGAACCCUGAAGGCAAAAGAAUUCAAAAAACGCUGCAUGCAGAUGAAGCUGACACAGACUGAUGUCCGUGGCAGCGAGGAUUGUCUCUACCUGAACAUCUGGGUCCCUCAAGAGAGAAAAGAGAUCUCUACCAAUCUGCCUGUGAUGGUUUACAUCUACGGCGGUGCCUUCCUGGUCGGAGGCAGCCAGGGAGCCAAUUUCCUGGACAACUACCUGUACGAUGGGGAGGAGAUCGCCGUGCGGGGCAACGUCAUCGUGGUGACCAUCAACUACCGCCUGGGGCCGCUGGGCUUCCUGAGCACCGGGGACCAAAACCUGCCAGGGAACUACGGGCUCAAGGACCAGCACAUGGCCAUUGCCUGGGUGAAGAGGAACAUCAAGGCCUUUGGGGGUGACCCAGACAACAUCACCAUCUUUGGGGAAUCGGCCGGUGCCGCCAGUGUCUCCCUGCAGACACUGUCUCCAAAGAACAAGGGCCUGUUCAAGAGAGCCAUCAGCCAGAGUGGUGUUGGGGUCUGCAGCUGGGCCAUCCAGAGGGACCCGCUCGUCUGGGCCAAAAAGCUUGGAGAAAAGGUGGGCUGCUCCACAGACAACACCACUGUCUUGGCCAACUGCCUCCGUAUCUCUGACCCCAAAGCCUUGACUCUGGCCUACCACCUGCAGCUCACCAACCUGCCCAUGCCCCUGGUGCACACCCUCGCCCUCUCUCCGGUUGUGGAUGGGGAUUUCCUCCCAGACGUGCCCGAGAAGCUCUUUGCCAACGCUGCCGACAUCGACUACGUGGCCGGGGUCAAUGACAUGGACGGGCACAUCUUUGCCGGCAUUGAUUUACCCGCCAUCAACCGCCCGCUGGUGAAAGUCACUGCUGACCAGGUCUAUGAUUUGGUCAAAGGCCUCACUGUGGACAGGGGCGAGGCUGGAGCCAACGCCACCUACAACAUCUACACACAGAGCUGGGGUGACAAACCCGAGCAGGAGGUCGUGAAGAAGACAGUGGUGGAGCUGAUCACUGACUACAUCUUCCUGAUUCCCACACAGCUGGCACUGGACCUGCACCUGCAGAAUGCCAAGAGUGGCAAGACCUACAGCUACGUGUUCUCCGAGCCGUCCCGCAUGCCCAUCUACCCUGGCUGGGUCGGGGCAGACCAUGCUGAUGACCUGCAGUACGUGUUUGGGAAGCCCUUUGCCACCCCCCUGGGCUACUGGCCUAAGCACAGGACUGUCUCAGAGGCCAUGAUUGCUUACUGGACCAAUUUUGCCAGGACUGGUGAUCCCAACGAAGGGCAUUCGGCUGUUCCCGUUUCCUGGCCAGCCUACACCAACAAUGGCAGGUACUACCUGGAUAUCAACCACAAGAUGAACAAGGACUCUGUGAAGCAGGAUCUGAGAUCCCGGUUUGUGACCUUCUGGAACUCCGUCUAUCUGAAGCUGCCACAGGUUGCCGACAUCUCCCAGUCGGAGUUAACGUUCUGAACCCUUUAAAGAUAGUUCAUUAAAGGCUUCUA